AUGUUCAGUAGCCAUGACUAUGCAUAUUGGAGGCUUGCUUUUGAGACCGCAGAUGAGACUGACGCACGUCUAGCUGCAACAGGCCUCAAGAAGAGUGCACUACGUCAGAUUCCAGUGGCUGUAUAUGGCUCAGGGACAAACAUCCCUGCUACUGACUGUCCUAUUUGCCUAGGAGAAUUCGAGCAAGGGGAUAAAGUUCGAGUGCUCCCUAAAUGUCACCAUGGAUUCCAUAUGAAGUGCAUAGACACAUGGCUGGUGUCACACUCAUCUUGUCCAACUUGCAGGCACUCACUGCUAGAACACCCACCAGCUUCUGAUGCAGUGGAUGUGCAUGUGGGUACUGGAAUUAGGCAUCCUGGAAAUGCACCAGGAGGGCAGCCUGAUGUUUCUGUAGGUGUUGAUGGGGAGAUUUGAUCCUGGUGCAAUACUUACAAACAAAUAAAUUUUCUGAUGUUGGGUGAUGACUAUGCAUAUUGGAGGCUGGAGCUUCAUUUAUGUUCAGUAGCCAUGACAACAGGAGUGCUGGCAUGCGAACCUGUUCAGUAGCAAUAUUUUUAUGUGGGCAAUGUGAAGAUAUAUGGAGGAGAACGACCACCGGUUAUUUAUAUGAAUGCAGCCAGUGGCAUGACUAGAGUUUUUGGUAGUUUGGCUUAGUUGAAGGGUUUUUUUGACUCUUGACUAAUAGAAUUUUACUGUAGGAGAUUAGAAAUUGAAUAGGUCAUAAAGGAAGAAAAUACGUAGAAUUACCAAAUGACUAGUUUGCUUCUGUAGUUAAUUUAAUUCCACAUAUG